UACUCCCUCCCUGCGCCAGCACAACUGCGCGCACCAUGCAGCCGCUCGCUACAUUCACUCGCGCGCCGCAGUGGAAGGAACCCGGUCUGCUACGCACCGAACUUAGCGCCGUGUACGUCUUGCUCGUGAGCCUGAUAGGACAACCGCUGGGAUAUUUUUGUGCUUCCGUGGAAACCUAUAAGAAUUUAACUGGAUCUACCAAUGGGGGUAUGCUGUGCAACGAGUAGUUUUCGCAACUUUUCGGAGAACUUUUUUUGAUUCGUUUGGUUUGUUUGGACACCGAGGAUACUUGAAAACAUGCCGGAGCGUAUCAGCAUUUCGGAAUUUAUCUUGCUCACGAACGAGGACCUGGCUUCGCCGGCUACCUCGAGUUUUCAGACCAAAAUGAGCGACUGUCGGAACACCGUGAUUGCGCUGGAGGAGUCCCUGGAAAUGGACCAGAACACGCUGCAGAGGAUGAAGAAGAUGGUGAAGGCCAUACACAACUCUGGGCUCACUCACGUGGAGAAUAAGGAUCACUACAUCGAGAUCUUGGAGAACCUGGGGAACAGUCACCUGACCCAGGACAACCACGAGGUCUCGACCGGCUUCCUCAACCUGGCGGUGUUCACCCGGGAGGUGACCGCGCUCUUCAAAACCCUGGUCCAGAACCUGAACAACAUCAUCUCCUUUCCCCUGGAGAGCGUCCUGAAGGCGGACCUGAGGGACGGGAGACAGGAGCUGAAGAAGCAGAUGGAGAAGAGCUGGAAGGACUACGACGUCAAAGUGGGGAAGCUGGAGAAGGAGCGCAGGGAGAAGAGCAGGCAGCAGGGCCUGAUGAGGGCGGAUUCGGGGGACGUGACGGACGACAUGGAGAGAGAGCGGAGGACCUUCCAGCUGCAGAUGUGCGAGUACCUGCUGAAGACCCAGGACCUGAAGGCUCGACAGGGCCCAGACCUCCUCCAGAGCCUGAUUAAGUACUUCCAGGCCCAGCUGAAUUUUUUCCAGGACGGGCUGAAGGCCGCAGAGCACAUUGGGCCCUUUGUGGAGAAACUGGCUGCUUCUGUGCACACGGUGCGGCUGGGCCAGGAGGAGGAGGUGCGUCAGCUCUACCACCUGCGUGACUCCCUCAGGACCCUCCUGCAGGUGGAGGGCAAGGAGGAGCAGCUGUCCAGAAAGCACUCUGGAAACGGUUACAGCAUCCACCAGCCACAGGGGAACAAGGAAUACGGCACGGAAAAAUCGGGGUUCCUGCUGAAGAAGAGCGACGGGAUCAGGAAGGUGUGGCAGAAGAGGAAGUGCGGAGUGAAGUACGGCUGCCUGACCAUCUCUCACAGCACGAUCAACAGGCCCCCGGCCAAACUCAACCUCCUCACCUGCCAGGUGAGGCCCAAUCCGGAGGACAGGAAGACCUUUGACCUUGUGACACACAAUCGCACCUACCACUUCCAGGCAGAGGACGAGCAGGAGUGCAUGAUCUGGGUGUCGGUACUGCAGAACAGUAAGGAGGAGGCCCUGAACGUUGCCCUCGGGGGGGACCAGAUGCAGUUCCAGGACAGCAGCCUGCAGGACCUGGCGCGAGCGGUCAUCGCUGAGCUGCGCAACAUGCCCGGAAACGAAGUCUGCUGCGACUGUGGCGCCCCCGACCCCACCUGGCUCUCCACCAACCUGGGCAUCCUCACCUGCAUAGAAUGUUCCGGAAUCCACCGGGAGCUCGGCGUCCACUUCUCCCGCAUCCAGUCGCUCACGCUGGACGUGCUCAGUACGUCUGAGCUACUGCUGGCUGUCAGCAUCGGCAACACCAGGUUCAAUGACAUCAUGGAGGCCGGGCUCCCCGACGAUUCAGUCAAGCCCCUCCCACAAAGUGACAUGUGAAUGUACGCCGAGCGGGAGGACCUGGCCAAGCCCAUGACCCUGCCCCAGGGACCCCUGUACGCCGAGCGGGAGGACCUGGCCAAGCCCAUGACCCUGCCCCAGGGACCCAGAUGCAUACAGGACCAUAGAUAUAUACCCCUGCUUCAGAUGUACGCUGAGCGGGAGGACCUGGCCAAGCCCAUGACCCUGCCCCAGGGACCCGACCUGCGUGAGACCGCUCUUCACCUGGCCGUCCGGCAGGCCGAGAGGAGCUCCCUGGCGCUGGUCGACUUCCUCGUGCAGAACAGUGGGUGUCUGGAGAAGAGGACGUCAGAGGGGAACACUGCCCUACACUACUGCUCCCUGCACAACAAAACAGAGUGCCUGAAACUGCUGCUGAAGGGAAAGGCUGUGCUCCACACAGUGAACGGUGCCGGAGAGACUGCGUUAGACAUCGCCAGGAGAUUACAUCAUACGCAGUGUGUAGAGCUGCUGGAGCUAGCCCAGAGCGGGAAGUUCAACUCUCAGAUCCAUGUGGACUACACCUGGGAGACACCUCAAGACAUCAUGUACGACAGCGAGGACGACCUGGACGAGAAGGUGAGCCCCCUCCCCAGGAACCUGCGCUUUCCCUACGGUGGUGCCUCCCCAUCUUGCUGGAAUUCGGCCAAAGCCAAUGUUGCCAACAAGACCUACGAGAACGUGGACUUCCUGUACGGCAGCCAGCCUGCCAACAGCGCCCCCUCUGGUAGGACGCCACCACCGCUGCCCGCCAAAGCCAUCCAGAGAGGACGCUCCGAUCCCCAGAUUUCCAUCUCCACUCGGGAGGGCAACGGCCACGUCCGCCGCUCGUCCAAUCCCACGUCCUAUAGGCCUAGCCUCGCCUCCCUGGCCCCUGACGGACAGGCCCAGGCGACCCGCCUGCCCCGGUCGCCUCAGGGGGGCGUGAUGCGGGGGCAGAGGCCGAUGGUGUCCUGGGAGGGGCAGCCCCCGACGGGCCAGGGGGGGUCUCCCGCCACCUCACCCCAGAACACACAGGGACCAAUCAGCUCGGACAAGACCACCUCGUACCGACGGACCAGCAGCGGCGGGCAGGGGAAGUGCGCCGUGACAUCAUCAACCUGCGCCCCGGCAUCGCCGGCGAUCGCGGGGAGCCAGGAGGACCUGUACAGCAGCCCGGCGGAGAAUGCCCCGCCCGCAGCCCCGCCCGCGUCCUCGCCCGUCGUCGCUCCUAUGCCCCGCCCACGCGGGAACGCCAUGUCACAGACGAAGCCGCGGCGGAAGCGGGUUCAGGCGCUGGUGGACUGCCGGACCACCGGCGGCGAGCAGCUGGCCUUCUUCAAGAACGAGGUCAUCGUAGUGACGAGCAUGGAGGACUCCCAUUGGUGGGUGGGCCACAUUGAAGGCGAUGCGUCCAGGUGCGGGUCCUUCCCCGUCAACUACGUGCACAAGCUCCCCGACUGACCGCGGUGGGGGGGAGGGGACAAGGGACACGGGCCGGGCCGGGCCGACCCAGCAGAACCACCUCCCCUCUCCAGGUACGCUCCUCCGGACCCAAGAACCCCACACCUGCCUGACGAACGGGACCGGAAAACACCACGUCUUCAAAGCUACUCACUCGAAGACAGAGGAGGGGAAUAAAGACCAUGUACAGCUUGCGAUGCCUGUUUUUGGAACCACUUUGUCACGGUGUAUAUAAACUUUAUAAAAAUAUUUUUUUGUAUAUAAACUCCUGAAUGGCACAGCCCCUCUGGAGUCGAACCUGUAACCCCCCAGCACUACGGCCAGGAUGGGCCUCCUGCCACCAAGCUAACGGACUGGACCUCUCGGGAGGACUUGACAGCAUGUGAUGCUGAUGACCACAACAACUUUGUUCUUAUUUGUAUUACUAUUGUCGCUAUUUUAUUAAUAUUUUUAUGAAAAAUUGGAACGGGAAAGACUUGCGUUGAGGGAGAGCGCAGGUUGUGUGAUUGUGCAAAUGACAGCACGGUCGCUCCGCUCUCCUUCGCUGAAACCGCUAAUUCUCUUCGGUGACAUUGCUUUACGGUCACUUGGCGGAUGAUUUUCAUCGUAUCAUAGCAACAAGGCGGUCGGCUCCAGUCUUCCUGUCUUCCUUCCGUGUCCUUCCUCCCUCGUCCUGAGGUAUCCGGCGAGUAAGAGGCGUUCCCCGUGCUCUGUUACAGUUUUAUGGAUGUUUACGAGGAGGACGUCCGCUGCACGACGGGAACGUCUCUGGCUCAGCGGCACGUUCAGAGACUGAACUCGCAGCACUUAACAACGUGGAGCUGGCCGCCUGCAGAACCCUGUUCUGAUACGCCGCAGUGCAUUCUGGGAACGGAAGGACAAGCUCCCGCUUGAUCGUAUCGUCAUGUGACCCCGGGGACCCGUUGCAUUCUGGGAAGGGCCCGUGUGGCCUUGCGGAAGGAAUUGCGCCGAGCUGGAGAAGAGGUCGAUUAGAGGUCACUGUGGCGCUGAGAUGAGAAACUGCAGAGGAUUCUGGGAGGAAAGGGAAGCGUUCAGAGACGCACGUUUGCCAAGUAGCGGCUAAGGAGAAAAAAACGGGCCCAGAGUUUCAGCGUAAAGUGCACAUUUCGUCUUGAAAUAAAAUGACCUUUGACCUUCAUUUAUCACGCAGCUGUGAAGUAUUUUUCGUGCCGGAACAUUAUAGAAAUUCCAAAAUAGGGGGAAAAAAACAAUUUAAAAAUGGCAGCAAUGGCUCUUAUUGACAGAAACUAAGUAAUUCAGGUGUUUUGCCUCGCUCCAGGGUACAAUGCCUCACCUGAGAAACUAGCAGCUGCUGCAGCAAGCCCUCUUUCCCAGCAAUCAUACCAACACGCCCAUAUGGAAGUUCACAAUUUGCAGUUAAUUCAGCCAGUCGGGUCUGGACCAGGGGUAGUCCUUUAGCCAAUCAGAUUUGGACCAGAGAUACUGUUUCUGCCAAUCAGGUUUGGACCAGAGGAAAGCACCAGCGUAAAUCAGAUACUAAUCGGUAGGUUUAAACACGUUGUUAUUGCGGUAGUUGGUUUUAGAGGCUUUUUCCCCAUUCCCACAGUUCCCCUUGUACUGGUGUAAAUCUAAAUAGAACACUGCAUCAACUUGAAUAUCAGCAGUCCUAUUUGUGCGGUUUUGUACAGUUUGUAUAUUAUUAUUUUUAAUCUUUUUUUUUUUUGGCUGAUAUCAUCUGCAAUGUCAAUGGAUUUUAUUUUCUGAAGUGAUCAUUAAAGAAGUUCCUUUUACUCCUAA